AUGGGAACGUCUUCUCCUCUCCCCACCGCCUCUGGCCCAAUAGCCAACUCCCCAUCCGACUUGUCUUACUCUUCAGGCGCUUCUCGCACUUCCACUCGAAACACGUCUCCCGAUUCUACUGAUGCUACGACUUCUGAACUCGCGUCGCAGCUCUUAGAUCUUGGUUUGAACACCAAUAUAGAGCACACACCCAACCCUCUUGACUCUCAGCUUAAGAUGGAUCGAAACCCUUUCCAGUCCGUCAACGAUCGUAGAAAUAAGCUAGUCACGGACCGCAGCAAUACAAACCAAAUCCAACAGCUCCAACAGCCUCAACAGCCUCAACAGCCCCAACAGCAACAUUUUCAGCCUCAAACACUAAGAUCCACCGUGCAGUCUUUGAGUAUGGCACCCAGAAGUCUUGCUUCGUCUAACUGGAGAUCGCAGAUGGCAGAUGAGGCGGCACUAUCAGCACGUACCGGCGAAUUCCCCUCUUUCGACCCUACUAUUGGUUAUCAUACACAACAAGGUUCUGGUGGUCGACAUUCGUUAUACCCAAACUCUCGUCCAGACCAGUUGCAGCAGCAACUACUUUCUAGCAUGAUGCCUUACUCGGUUUCUAGCAACGUUAACGACUUCCAGCUAGAUUCUAGCUAUGCUUAUUGCUAUGACCGAGGCAACGGCCAGUAUACGCGUCUGAUCCCUGCUGAUAUGCUACCUCCUUUGAAGGAUAUUCCACCCCUACAGCAGAACUACUCCGGAAUGCUGGUGUUGCCGCUACCACGAGGUCUGCCUUCAAAUGGACGAUCUAGCAACACUAACCCGGUUAUCCUCAGAAGUCCAACGAAUACCCCAUCUUCGACUUCGGAUAGCAUCCAGUCACGAAUCGACACCAUCGUAGCCUCGACGCCCCCAACGCCAACAAGCCUGUCCAUGGUAACGGGAGUCACAGGCCUAGGUCCCGGAUCCGCAGCCGGCGCCACGGGUUCAUCUCUCCCGCAACAUGCCCAACAUACUCACCAGCACUCCAGCCACAACAACGGCCAUAACCACCCGCAGCAGCAGCAGCCGCAGCGACGCCCCAAGAUCUACUGCGACAAGUGGGUGCACGAGGGCGUGUGUGCCUUCACCCAGCAGGGCUGCAAGUACAAGCACGAGAUGCCCUUCGACAAGGUCACCCAGCACCAGCUCGGUCUGUUCCACGGCUUCCCUGCCUGGUGGAAGAAGCACCAGGCCGACCUACACGGCAGAGAGACGGUCCCGAGGACUCGGCUAGACUGA